AUGAAUCCAGCUCAGGAGAGCUAGGAAGAGUGUUCCUUGUACCCAGUGAGGACAGCUUUACUGUGACCCCCGAUGGCUGCAAAGUCAUCCUGGCCUGUGGCAUCCAGUUUUACUUCCCCCCGGGUGCUGCCACCUCCUCAGUAACGAUCCAUUUCCAAACGCUCUCGCCUGACCCGCAGUGGGUGAAACUGAGGCACCAUGACAUCCUGCUGAGUGAAGUCCUGGAGCUGCGGCCUCAUGGGGUUGUAUUCCAGCAGGAGGUGCAGAUCUGGAUGCCUUACACCUCCCCUCAGACGCUGCGUGAGCGAGAAGUGGUAGUUCGGACCUUCAAUGGGCAGAGCUGGAGCGACCUGCAAACCAAGGUGGAGCAGAGAGGAAAGCCGAAGCAUUUCCACAUCUCCCGGUUCCUGGUCAUCUCUCGGCUCAUGGAGAAUAAAUGCAGUGUCCCAUCAGAGGGGACCUUGCUCUUUUCCACAGUGGAUCCAAGCAUCAAAGUGACCUUCCCUCCUGGAGUCACAGAGGAGACUCGGAGCGUCACAUUGCAGGUGUUGCCAGUGUCGGCAGAGGAGCUGGCAGAGAUCACAGAUGAUCCAGAGUCCAGAGCCGGUCCCCUGCUCUGCCUCUCCCAGAAUUCCACUGUGGAUUUCCUCAGGCCAGUUAAAAUUCAGCUCCCGCUACCUCCAGGGGUCACAGGUUAG